AAAAGUUGCAUCUUAUCAAUAAGUGGUUGCAAGCUACUGUGUUGACGAAAAAGUGAAAUUAAUCGUUUAUUUCGAAUCAAUAGAAGAAUACCAGGCAUGAGUGCCCAGGCUGGUAUCAAGACCAGGCAGAAAGCCAGUCUUGAGCCGUCUGACGAUCCGACGAAACGAACAAGAAAGAGUACCCAGGUUCAGACCAAGGCAUCAAAUAAUACAAUAAGAUACAUUGCUGAAGCUCUCAAGAGAGAGAAACUGUCUUCACCGAAAGGGCGUUCAACACUUAAGGUGAAUCCAACCUCUCCUGCUACGAAGGGUAACAAGGCAGCUGGGAAGGUCCCAGAGAAAUCUACAAAGACUGUUGCGACGAACAAAAGUGUUGCAUCUCCGAAAAGUGCUCUUCCUAAGGGACUGAAUGCUUCUAAGUCAAAGGCAACAAGUAAGGCUAACACAGGCUCUCCUAGCCAGCCUGACUCCCCCAAGAUGCCCGGGAAGGGUAAAGCCAAAGCCGAGAAGAGUCCAAAUGUGCAUCAUUUGUACCAGAGUCGUAGCACGGAUGGCAAGUUUGGAAGCAUGAAGAAUGCCCUCAAAGAAAAGGUUUCCGAUAAAGCAAGUCCGAAAACUGGCUCGAAACCCCAGACCAAGUCCUCCAAGAAAGAUCCACCAGUGGGUCGUGGGGGUGGCGGUGGCGAACUCAACAGCAUGAGUAAGACAUCUACGAUGAACAAUGAUUCCAAGAAGAAAAAAAACAAAGGGCAACCAGAACCUGCCUGUGAUCUUGGAGGAUGUCCCACGCCUGGUUGUAAGGGGCAGGGCCAUGUGACUGGCAAGUACGCCAGACACCGAACGGUUCAAACUUGCCCGAAAGCUGGGAAGAAACGCAAGCUUGAUUCGCCACCUGAAACUCCCAACAAAAAAGCCAAAGUCGAGAAAAAAUCUGACGAAAUGUCGAAUGAUUUGAAGCGAUCAUCCGAUGCUGAAGUGGUGACUAGGAGAAAGAAUGGAUUGGUUAAUGGGCUCAAGGAAUCCGCCCGUGAUUCAGGGAGCCCUGGAGGGAAAUCAAAUACACGUAAACGUGCGAAAAUGUCGGAGAAGAUUAGCCCUCGAUCGAAGAACAACAAACGUGAUCAUAGCUCAGAUUCGAGGAACUGCGUUGAUUCGAAUUCACGUGAUAAAGAUUCGGGAAAUCACACAAGGUCCGUGUCACCAUCUGAUGCAUCUGAUGACGAGGAUUCUGUAGACGAGGAUACGAAGACUAUUCGCGAGACGGAGCGCGCUUUGCGCAGCUUAUCUGGUGACUUUGACGAGUCGUUCGAUUCUUAUAGUGGUUGGCUAAAAAAGGAUGAGGGUGGCAAACGAAGUCGAGAGAGGCACCGGAAAGAACGGGUGGCGGUGGGUCGAAAUGAUAAAAAGAAUAAGGCAGUUGAUGUAGUGGAUGGCGAUGGGAUUGUUGAUUUACAGAAAGCUAUUGAUAGUACGGUCACAGUCGAGAGCAAUGUUGAUAAUAUCAAAUUGGAUGACAAGUCGAAAGAGAGCAGUGACUCUGAUGAUAGUGCAUUUGUUAAUGAUGAUGGUGGUGUUGUCGCGACACCUAUGGACGAUGUGGAGAAUCUCUUAAAGAUUGAACAGCAAUGCGCAAAUAUUCAGUCGCGGGUCGAUGAACCUAAUGCUGAUGAUCCGGAGGAACAUAUCAAGGAGGAGGAAAAGAUGACUGCUGGAGAUGAGUGCGAUAUUACCGAGGAGCGUAUACCUAUUGUUCAGAGUGACGAGGUUGGGGAGGUUGAUGUCACACCGGCCGACGUCGAGAAGCAGCUUGAACAGAUAGAGUAUGUUGCCUCAACAGUAGAGCAGAAUAGCGAAGAGAGCGAUGACAGAGAAAUGCCCGAAUUAGAAGAAAUGAAAACCGUGUCGGAACCAAUGGAAACCACACAUGCUGAUGUGGUGAAUGCAGGUCCGCCAUGUGUUGAAUUGCAAGUUGCGCAGGUAGAGCCUGUUCUCCAACCAAUUGUGUCACUGCCGGUCCAAGUAGACCCCCACAUCAGUGUUCUGGAAAUGCAGCCUCCGCCGGUGUCUGAACCGCAGCCUGUUUCACAGAUUCUCCUUGUGCCACAAACUACUGUUGUUGAACAGUUGCCGCAGAUUGUGGAGGCAUCUUCUCAGCCCCAGGUUAUGAUGUCGCAAACUCAAGUUUUGAUUCCUCAGUCUCAAGUGCUAACACCACAAUCUCAAGUUAUGACACCUCAGUCUCAGGUGUUAACUCCUCAGUCACAGGUCAUGACACCACAAUCUCAGGUCAUGUCACCACAAUCUCAAGUCAUGACACCGCAGUCACAAGUAACAUCACCUCAAGUCAUGACUCCGCAACCACAAGUCAUGACACCACAGUCACAAGUCAUGACCCCGCAUUCUCAAGUAAUGUCACCUCAGGUCAUGACUCCACAAUCUCAAGUCAUGACACCGCAGUCACAAGUCAUGACACCCCAACCUCAAAUGUUGGAGCCUCAGCCACAGAUCGUGGAGCAACAGCAGAUCAUUGACCAGCAACAAACUAUGGAAGCACAAUCUCAUAUAACACAGCCACACCACAUCGAAACUCAACCACAAAUUGUUCAAUUGCCUGAAACGGUCUCCAUUCCGCAGCAAAUGCUUGUAGCGCCGCAGAUGACCCAGGUUCAGAUGGUCACAUUGCCACAAGUUUCACAGACUUUCACGCUUCCGCAGAUGACGCAGUUACAGCACAUGGUGGCAGUCUCACAAAUGAUGCCACAGACUAUGGGUAUGGCUCAAACGUUGCCACAAGGAGUCAGUGUAGCUCAGUCACUUCCUCAUGGGGUCAGUAUAGCGCAGACCCUGCAACAGGGAGUCAGUGUUGCUCAGACUCUCCAACAAGGGGUGGGCAUGACCCAGGCUCUCCCACCUGGAGUCAGUGUGCCACACUCUAUUCCGCAGGGGGUGCAGACUAUACCGCAAGCUGUCAUGUCGCAGGUGACCAUUCCGCAGUCGAUACAGCAUCUAGCAAUGGCGCAUUCUGCUUCACAUCCUGUGUUUACAACGUCGUUGCCACAAAUAAGUCUCGCACAAGCGCAGAUGAGUCUCCCACAGGCUCAUAUGACAUUAACUGCCUCGAUUCCGCAGAUCUCUCAAGCUCAGUCUCAAGCACAAACGUUCCCGGCGAGUGUUGCUCAGUCAAUGUCACAUGUUUCACUAGCUCCCUCUAUACCCCAGAUGUCACUAGCACAAUCGAUAGCGGAAGUACCGAUGUCGCAGAGUAUGCAGGAUAUAUCGGUGGCAUCGUCAGUUCCAGUGAUGUCUGUGCCUCAUGUUGGGAUGGCACAGACGAUGUCACAGUCUAUCAGUCACCUGCCGACGUUUGGAAUUGGGACACAUGUUCCGAAGUCGCCGCACCAACUUCACCAGCAGAGUAACACACAACACGAGCAAGUGAAAGAGAGGAUUGGUGGGGCACAGAAUGGAAGCGGUGCGAUGAAUACGCAGAACAGGAACAUAUCACGCGGUGCGGAGAACAACAACGACGAUGAGAAUAAUAACGAGGAGGCGUCGUUCAGCGUGCUUGCUGAGUGGUCGAACUCUGUUGAUGGGAGCGACAGUGAGCAGGGCAAUGAUAUGAUGACGUCGUCUUCAUCGGGGUGUUCAGAGGGUGGCAAAUGUCCCACUCCAGGUUGUGAUGGCACUGGACACAUCACUGGAUUAUAUACACAUCACAGGAGUUUAUCUGGCUGCCCAAGAAAAGACAAGGUCUCCCCUGAAGUUCUAGCCAUGCAUGAUCACGUGCUCAGAUGUCCGACCCCUGGAUGCAAUGGCCGCGGCCACGUCAAUAGCAACAGAAACUCUCAUCGAAGUUUGUCGGGGUGUCCUAUCGCUGCCAUGGGGAAACUUGUAUCUCAGAAAGCUCAGACUAAAGCAGGAGUUCACCUGGUGCUAUUACCGAGAAAAGAUGAUCCAAAGAAGGCGGUGAUGGUUGCCUGUAACGACCAGGAAAUGGUUAAAAUGGCCGUCCAGCAAAUACUCAAAAAGGAAAAACGCGGUGCAAGUGACCGUGUCCUGCGACCAAUGAUUGUGACAAAACAACUCGACCUCGUUGGUUACGACUACCCCUCGUAUAUCGCCCCUCAGACGCCGCGCACGAAUCUCGCUAAGGAACUCGAAAAGUACAACAGACUGCCAUCGGACUUUCAUACCCCGACGUAUAUUGCUAAGGCCACUGCGGCAGGCAUGAUGCCAAAGAUGCCUCAGCAACUAUCACAACAAAAACCACAAUCAAAGGACUGUAAUGCUGCUGCUGCUGCCGCUGCUGCAGCCGCCAUUAUUGAACGGCCGAAUAUUCUCAGUAAACGCCCGCAUUUAUAUAAACCUCAGUAUCGCUACGAUCCACAGCCGAUGAACUUGUCGAAGAGAGAGGUGACGAGCCCUUGCGGAGAGAAAAGCGAAACUCUUGAUUUGAGCAUGAAGCAGUGUAAGGGGACGUUGUUGAAUAUUCCACGCAGCAUGUCGAUAACUGGGUCUGGGACGGAUCAGAUGGAGCCGGUCGACUUCUCCAAAAAGACACCAGGGAUGGAGAUGUCUGAGAUGAAGCCGAUGUUAGAUCACAUGGCAAUCGAGGCAUCGUCUGCGCUUCAUAUCCCGAGUCCACAAGAGACGCCGCCGGUUCAUCACAUCCCGAGUUCUAAUGCUACGUCAUUGAACAUUCCGACGAUACGCAACAGUUCGAGCCAGGAGACGUGUUCACAGAUGUCCUACUCUCCAGAUGCCAUGACGCCACCACCGUCGCAACUGCCAUUGUCGCCAUCGCCGAUGUCGCCAACUCAUGAUGGGUCGCCGGACCGGUCGAGUCCCCGGCAGCCCCUCCUCAAGUCACAGUAUCUUUCCUCAAGUUUGUCCAGCUUAUUUAGCGACGGCGCAUUCACUAAAUUGUCCCGGAAGGAGUUGUUAGGGUGUCCUACGCCCGGCUGUGACGGGAUGGGGCACGUGUCGGGGAACUAUGCCACCCAUCGAAGCGUUUCUGGCUGUCCGCACGCCGACCGUGCGUUAAUCCAGGCUAGUCUUGAGCUGAAUGGUGCAUACCCUCGGCUCUUGGACGACCCAUCAAGAUCGCAGCAAACGUGCCCGACGCCCGGUUGUGACGGUUCUGGUCAUGUUACGGGCAACUAUGCGUCACAUAGGAGCUUGUCUGGUUGCCCGCGGGCCAACAAACCUAAAAAAUCGCUACUCGGAGAGGACGCCGAGCCGCUGAGGUGUCCAGUACCAGGAUGUGACGGAACGGGUCAUGUGACGGGAAAAUAUCUGUCACACCGCAGUGCAUCUGGCUGCCCAUUGGCUAACAAACACAAGGUACACGUACCACGGCCUCUCCCGUUGACGUCCCUGAAUGGUCCAGUGAUAAGCGACACACCAACAUUCCUCAAUCGACCAAUCAAAAUGGAUGGCCUAACGUCUAUCUUACUGGGCAUGUGUCCUACGCCCGGUUGUGACGGCUCGGGUCAUGCCAAUGGCAGUUUCUUAUCUCAUCGAAGUUUAUCGGGUUGCCCCCGCGCAACCCAGGCCAUGAAAAAAGCCAAAUUAACCAGCGAGGAACUGAGCCUGUUACAUGUUAAAGCUCAGGCGGGCCAAAAUCUUGAAAAUGACGAGGAUUUAAAAAACUUAGAGCGGGACAUUGCCGAUUUACAAGUGGCCAACAAUACAAUCGAAGCACAGAAUAUCAAGCUGCGGUCGGAGAUCACCGGUUUAGAGACGCGUCUUUGUCGGAACGAGAAAGAUACGAAGUUAAUCGAGGAGAAAUCGCGCACCUUGGAGGAAUACCUGGACAGUUUGCGUUCGACCCUUGUGCGCUGUUUCCAAGGUAUCCAACUCCCGAUGAAUGGCGAUACGUCUCUGAGUCAGGUGACAUCCGACAACCUCGACACAUACAUCCAACACAUCCAAACUAUUUGCACAGAGAACGGGACGGCUGGACGUUCGCAGAUUUAUCAAGCGAUACGCACCGCUUUGAUGGAGAACAAUCUGAUUUGACUGAGGCAUUCUGGGAUGACUAGCAACGAGCGAUGGUGCACGGCAGACGUUAUAACCAAUGAGGUGCUCUUCAAUAUUUUGAACUUGUCAUUGGUUUAGUGUGGGAUUUGAAACUCUUCGAAUUGGUGCAGUAGUGAGAAAUUAGAUUGUCAUCAGAAUCAUCGUUGGAUGUGGAGAAUUUACAGUCAACAAUUGUCUAUAUGGAUGCAUAAAAAAGCGAUAGAUCAAAUGCAUGGAUGUAUGUGCAUAGGUUCAUAGAUAAUCUUCGACUAUUGGUAAUGUCCCUAAUAUAAGUUAUUGGCCCAAAUUAAGCUGUCAGAUGUGCUAAGUGUAGCCUUGGGUGUUCAGAUGUUCACUACGACAAAAUUGUAAGGCUUUGUAAAUAUGAAACCUUGUUAUUGGAGCAAUGAGUUCUACAAUAUGAGUUCUUUCGAAACCCUCCCUCUUUGAGCUGAAUUACAUUAAAAAUUGAACUAGGUGUGUUUUUCUUGCUCGGAACUUUGCAGCUGAGCAUCUGGUCUGUUGGCCUCUUGUUAUUGUGGCUGAUCUUGAACAAACGCCCAAGUUUACACUUAGCACCCAUUAUAUAUACUUCCUCAAGUUCUCCAAUGAUAUGGGAAUAAUUAAGGAAUACAGUGUAUUUUUAUAACAUUUGUGGCAUCUUCAUUACAUAUCGUUCUUUAUGGUGCACAUGACUUCAAAAAUAUUAACUACACAGGGUUAUUGAAAAUCAGCUUCUGAGACUUCAUCUGAUGACCUUGACUCUAUUUAGGAAAACUCUUAGCCAGUAAAAAAGUGUGAGCUUAUUAUUUUCUUGAACAUCAAGAAAAAUUGUAGAGUUGAAGAGCAACUGAACUCAUUAAGUUCUUGAGGUAAAUGGCAAUAAAAGCCUAUCAGCAAAUUUGGAGUGUUUUUGAUGUCAUUUGUGCCUUUAGAUGCUUAAUUCUCGGCACAAUCGCUGCAGUUUUUGCCAGACAGGCAGUAGUAUAAACACCACACACUAAAUACCUGUGAUUUUCAUUGUAUAGCCAAAAUCGUGAGAUUGUGUGUCCCACGAUGACUGCAAUUUCUCUUUACCUCAAUAAGCAGGCAUAAAAAUUGUCGCCUGGCAAAAAUAGCGGUGUUGACGUCUCGCAUUUUAACGGCUUUUGCCUUCUCAAUUGUUUGCUUUUGAUAAAACAUUUUAAGGAGAUUUUACAUUGUAACUGAAAUGUGGAUCUUGAUUGAUUCAUCAUUGUGACACCAGGGGGCUUUUAAUAUCGGACUCCUGGUUCUCAUACUUAGGAUCACAUUUGUACAUGUAUGUUUUUUUACGAAGUGGACUGGAAGGUGUGUAGAAUUGGAUGUUUUCUGAAUAAUGCUUUCGUGUUAAUAGAGAUGUAAAUUUUAUCAUAGUUUGACAAGUGUGCACCCCUUUAGUGAUAAUAAGAUCAUCCAUUCCAGUGUAAUGCUUGUUUGUGUUAAAUGGUUGGUCCAUUCUACUUAGUGGGGUAAGUUGGUUGUUGUAAAUCAUCAUAGGAUAACUAUUUUCGAAACGGAUCACAUUGCGAUAUGAUAUUUGUUCUUUAAUUGCUCAGUGGUUGAUUUGCGCAGUUAACACUUCAUUUUGUGGUUUUGACAAACCGGCUCCCUAGAAGUUUAAAACAAGAUACUGCCAUGACCACAUGCACAUGAAAGUGACGCUUUAAUUAUUGUUUUUAUCAACUUUAACAUAUCCAGUAUUUCUUCACCAGCUUCCUUUCCUUUCUCAGGUUUGGAUAACCGAAAAGUACAUGUAUGAUCUUGAAAAGUAAAAAAAAAUGGAUGCUUUACAGAAAUUUUUUUGUUAUUUAAAUUUAUUGGUUAAUAUAUCUAAUUGUUCUGAGAGCACCUUUAUACUUUUGACACGCUUUUGCACUAUAUCGAUGUAGGUUUUAAAAUUGGUACCUGCAGUUUAAGUUUAAUUGUUCAGGCCCCACUUUCCGUUGCCAACUACAUUAUUUAUGUUUUAUUUGUAAUCUUUGCUGUUCCAGUUCUUUAUGAUUUAUAUGAUUUUAGCAGCAAUGUUUACAAUGUGGGUUGGAUGUUUUUAAUUUCAGUUCAACUGUGGGGUGCAUUUCAGGUUAUGAAGAAUUUUGGCUAUGAGGAAGGAUUUGUUUUCGAGAUCUUCACUGAUGGUUGUAUUUAUUUUUUGUUCAACUGGCUGCCUUGAUGAAUUUUCUUGAUAUUCGGCAAAUUUCUAUUUCGGUACUAAACAUUGUAAAUAUUGGUGAAUACUAAAUAUUGAAUUUAAAUGAUGAAUGAAAAAUUUGAAUGCUAAUGAUUGAAUACUUAAAAGGGAAACUAUUUAGCAGCAAGUAUAAUGAAAAACAGUUUUUAUCAAAAUUGAGAAAUUGACAUUUCAAUGUUUAAAGCAUCAAUUUCUAAACAGAGAAACUAGGAUAGGUGGAUGGAGAUGACUUCUCAAAGGCAUUUCUUGAUUAUUGAGAAAUUUUUUUAAAUGAAGGAAAUUUCCAGAUCACAAUGAUCUAGGUAUUGAUUGCGCAAUCGAUUUGUAAUUAUGUAUGGUUGUGAUGUAGGCUGCCAUGGUAAAUGUACAGUCAGCCAGCCACAAAUUCAGAGUCUGGACUGAAUUGGAUUCGAAACUGUGGCUGGUAAACUUAGGCUGUACGUGUAGAUAAUUGUCCGCUGCUCAGUUAGAGAGAGGUAUUUUUCAAAACAUUCAAUAUAUAGCUAUAUAUAAUAUAUAUAAAAAAUAAUAAUUAUAAAAUAAUUUAUGAUGAAAUCAGUGUUACGGUCCGUUUUGGAAUAAAUUGGACCUUUUUGUUUUGUACGGUGUCAAAUUCAGUUAAUGCAUUUAUAAACAAUAUAGACUUUGCAUUUAUUCGCUUGCUUCUGACAUGCUAUGUGCUGAUAAUUGAAAGUAAAAAAGUAAAUUAAGUAAACUAGGCUGUUAGGAACAGCACAUUCUUGUCAGCCAUCACUAAUGUAUAUUCACAUAGUUCCUGUGCAGAGGGUAGCUCCUGACAUGCAUCAAAAUGAUUUCACAAACAUGUAGAUUCUGUAUUUCAUUUUAUACUUUAACGAUUUUGGAUGCAUCCGUGUGCGCCCUUGUCCCAGAAACUCUGUAACUAUGUAUUCGGGAUGGCAACUCAACAAUAAACUGCAUGUCUGUAAUCUUUGCAUGAUUCAUUCAUUUGAGAGUUGACUGCAUUUUGAGAAAGUGAAAUGCAGAAAUUUUCUGAUCUACAGUCGGUUCAUGUUCGCAUGAAUGUCUUGAAGAGUUAUUUAUUGUGCAAUAUGGUUGAUUAGUUACCAUGGUAACCCGUUCUCUACCAAGUUGUUUGUUGUUGGGUAUACAUGUUCAGGUCGUGUCUUUUAUACGGAGGACAACUUAUGCUGACGUUCCUGAUGCAUUUAACGAUAUAAACUUUUUUAACGAUCUCUGUGUUAGACAUUGAGAACGAUAACCGAUCGGUCAUUGUUGUCGUUGUGAGUAUCACUGCCAUUUUGAAACACCCCAUCGUCAAGGUCAACAGGAUUUGGCGUAGAUUGCAUCAUCUGUGUUUGAUGGUCUGAUGGGCGCUAACUAGAUAGAUUUAUCAUAAAACUAACAUGAAUGUCUUUAUAGUAAUACCCCAUACAGUGUGACCAAAUUAUCAUGUGAAAUAAUUUGCCCUUGAAGCCUUUUUGCCCUGAAAUACAGCUGUGUGCCAAUUUCUUCCUUGUUGACUCGGCAUGAUGUGGAUGUUCCAAGAACCUUGCUGACUUCUAGUGUGUUCCUUUCAUUCAGGCCUGGAAUCAUACUGUGCAGGAGUUACAUCAUUCAAUGACAAUUACAAAUAUAUUCCCCGAUUUCGUGCAGCAGAUUCUGAUACUGUAAACCAACUUCUGCUGAUGAUCUUGGCCAAAGGAUUCUGGAACAUAUCAAAGUUAGCAGGGAACUUCUUGUCACCAUGAUGAUCAGUUCAUUUAAAAUCAUCAUCAUUUUCACAUUGGACAUUAAACUCAUAAUCACUUCUGCAAGAAGAGAGACCUUGCAGAUUCUCAUUCUAAGACGUUAUAGAUUCUCUUUCACUGCCUUUGAAUGGGUAAUAAGUCUUGGUGUAUUUUUAUUUUGAGAAGGGUAUGCACUUUGUUGUGACAUUUUCAAAAUGUCUGGCUCAAUUAUUUGCCUGCUCAGAUACCUUUGUGUUCUUGUGAGUUGUUAUUUGUGAUUUCAGUUCAGACAACUUUACAAAUUUGAUUUUUAUGAGGAGCAAUUGCCAGGCUGGCACUAAUAUACAUACAUGUAGUUCCUGUAUAGAGAUAGGGCGUAGUUCACGGAUGAUGCCGAGAGAUACAUGUGGCAUACAGUAUUCAAGAUGGAAAAACACAGUAACUCCACAGCAGUCUGCGUGUUCCGAUGGUUAUAUCAUUUCUUUUAAAGUUUGUAGAUUAACCUUAGGUUGAAACUGCCGUUGUUAAAGAUAAUGAAUUGUACAUUUGAGUUUCUUCAAGCUUCCGCUGCAUAAUGCUUUAAACGUUAAAAUUUUGGUCGAAUAGAUAUUCAAGCACAUACAUAACAAUACAAAUGUAACAUAAAAAAUGCCUUUUUGUGAAGCAAUUUCCAUGAAAUUUUUAACUUCAAUUGUAAAUUAUCACUGAACCACAAUGUCAAAUUGUAAAAAAAAAAUGUUAAGUACCGGUAGUAGGAUUGGUAUUUUGAUUGCGAAAAUAUUCAGAACCUAAAAACAUGAGUUCAUUGUUUUAUAUGAAGUAAGAUAAUGUCUUCUGCCAUUACAUGUUACACAAGUCACACUUUACUACAAUGCUUAACAGAAUUAGAAUUAACUGCCUUUAUCACUUAGACGUUUGAAGUAGAGGUCUUUAUAGAUUUAAUUCUGGACUUGACUUCUUUCAAUGCCAUACAACAGCACUCGCAGUGUCAAAAAAUUGCAUUUUCGGGCCAAUUAGGUUACAUUGAUGUAACCCAUGACAUUACACAACAUUCGAUAUGUCACGUGAUCAGAAGUUCAUUGGUCCUGAAAAUGCUAUUUUUUGGCGCAGUGAGUGGCUGUCAUCAGGCCUGGAUCAAAAGCCACAAGUCAUGUAUUCUUUUGUGGGAAACCUAUCCUUAGGUUGUGCGAUUUGAGUUGGACAUCACAUCAUUUGAAUGAAGGGUUUAAGUGUGCAAGAACUGGCUAAGUGUCAUCAUUUUGAGAAAUUACGAUUUUUGUUUUCACUCACUUGGUCACACUGUCUCAAACCUGCUGGCGCCAAUGGUGUCAUCCUUAUGCAUAAGGUAUUGGACUUACUAAGUUCAUGAUCUGAGUGACCAAGCUGCUUUCAGCUUAUAGUCAUUUUGAGGGCGUUUUUCAAUGUUUCAAGACUGGUACCACGCACAGCACUACUAUUGAUUUCAUUCGUUAGAGGGCAGUCUGAUGAUCAUGAUGACACCAAAAAGUCCAUUUAGUCGAAAGUUGUGCUUACCAGGUUUUGCACACAAUCCAUUAUUUCAGCAUCUUUUCAUCCUCAUCAAGCGAAACAACAUUUUGUGAUUGUGUCAUCUUUUCUAUUACUGUUUGAAAUGUUGAACUUUGUAAAGUGGGUUGUGCUUAGAAUGUUCUUAUACUUCCAGAUGUUGAUAGGGACAAUAUUUGUACAUUUUUGUCAAAUGAUAUGUUACUUUGUAGCAGUAGAGAUAAUCGUCAUGAAUAUAUGUCAAACUGUCAAGUA